CCACGUGACAUGACGUUAGUACCCUCUAGCCCUGAAGGUGAUACUAUCAAAGUUUAUGUGAGAGUGCGUCCUCCAGAAGGAACUUUGCCGGCUGAUGGGAAACAGGGCUUGUGUUUAUCUGUUCUUUCAUCAAACACAAUCCGUCUGCAUUCAAAGCCUGAACCUAAGAUCUUCACCUUUGAUGAUGUGGCAGAUGUAGAUACAACCCAGGAAUCAGUGUUCUCAAGUGUGGCAAAAAAUAUAGUGGAAUCAUGCAUGAAUGGCUACAAUGGGACCAUUUUUGCAUAUGGGCAGACUGGUUCAGGAAAAACAUUUACAAUGAUGGGACCUCCUGAUUCUGAUAACUUUACACAUAAUCGGAGAGGAGUGAUUCCACGAAGCUUCGAAUACUUGUUUUUUCUAAUUGAACGUGAAAAAGAAAAGGCUGGUCCUGGUAAAAAUUUUCUCUGUAAGUGUUCAUUUAUUGAAAUCUACAAUGAACAGAUAUUUGAUUUGCUGGAUUCUGCUUCAGCUGGACUCUUCCUCAGAGAACACAUCACAAAAGGAGUAUUUGUUGUUGGUGCAGUGGAGCAAGUGUUGACUUCAGCUGCUGAAGCAUAUCAAGUAUUAACAAUGGGCUGGAGAAAUCGUCGUGUAGCAUCUACCUCAAUGAACAGAGAGUCCUCAAGGUCACAUGCUGUCUUCACUAUCACAGUAGAAUCAAUGGAAAAGAACAAUGAGAUUUUGAACAUCCGAUCCUCUCAACUCAAUUUGGUGGAUUUGGCUGGAUCUGAGAGACAAAAAGAUACUCAUACUGAGGGGGUUAGGUUAAAGGAGGCAGGGAACAUAAACCGAUCAUUAAGUUGCCUGGGCCAAGUGAUCACUGCACUUGUUGAUGUGGGCAAUGGAAAACAGAGGCACAUCUGCUACAGGAAUUCCAAGCUCACUUUUCUGCUACGGGAUUCACUUGGAGGCAAUGCCAAGACUUGUAUCAUAGCAAACGUUCAUCCAGGAUCCAGAUGUUUUGGUGAAACCUUGUCCACUCUUAAUUUUGCUCAGAGAGCAAAACUGAUCAAAAACAAGGCUGUGAUAAAUGAAGACACCCAAGGCAAUGUAAGGCAGUUACAAGCCGAAGUGAAGAAACUGAAAGACCAGCUUGCUCUGCUUGCUUCAGGGCAACCUGUGCAUGAUGCUUCUCUUCUUACAGCUACCAUCUCUCCUGAUGUCGGAAAUACAGAUUAUAUGAACCAUUUCCUUGAAGUAAUGCUGUUCUUGGAAAAAUCUGAAAGUGAAAAAAAGAUGCUGUUAGAAAAAGUUGCCCAGCUAGAAGAACUUUGUGUCAAAAAGGAGAAGUUCAUUCAGUCCAAUAAAAUGAUAGUUAAAUUCAGAGAGGAUCACAUAACCCGUCUUGAAAAGCUACAUAAAGAGUCUCGUGGCACCUUUUUGCCUACAGACCAAGAGGACUUUGUCAGGGAACUGAAGGAGGAGCUAAAGACUCUCAAAGAACAGGUGGAGCACCAUCCACGGGUUGCAAAAUAUGCUAUGGAGAACCAUAUCCUCCGAGAAGAGAACAAACAGCUUCGCUCCUCACAAUCAGUGAAAAGGGCCCAGGAAAUGGAUGCUCAGACCAUGGCAGAGUUGGAAAAAAUAUUUGUAGAAAUUUCAGGAAGAGAGUGUAAUAACAGAGGUCAGCCGGUGUGUUCUACCGCCAUGUCAAUAGAUAGCAAUACUGCAGCAUCUACUGAAAGGCUGAAGGAACGUCUGCUGCAUAUGCAGAGUGAACUGGCAAGUUCCAAACAAGAACAUGAAGAAUUCAGUGAGCUAACAAAGAAAAAGCAGAUGGAGCUAGAGUCAGAGGUUCAGUCUCUACAGAAGGCAAACCAGCAUCUUGAGAAAAUUUUGGAAGCAACUAAGGCUUGUAAACGCCAGGAAGUCUCUCAACUUAAUAAAAUCCACAUAGAAACUUUAAAGUGCAUGACUACUCCAACGAAGGCUUAUCAACUAAGGUCUCGACUGGUGCCACGAUUAACCCCUGAAAUGUUUACCCAAGAGUCUACUGAUAUUCAGAGUCCAGGCGAGAUGGUGGAUGAUAUUUUUAAUGAGCCAAUGCCUCCUGAGAUGAAUGAACAAGCAUAUGAGGCUAUUGCAGAAGAGCUAAGAAUGGUGCAGGAAGAGUUAAGUUCUCUUCAGAGUAAACUAGAUGCAGAAGAAAGUAAGGGACUAAAGCUUCAGCAGCAUAUUAAUAAGUCGGAGCACCAUACUUCACAACUGCAAGAGCUUUUUGACUCAGAAAGAAGCGGCUGGCAAAUUGAAAAGCAAGGGCUUCUUGAGAAGAUAGACUGUCUUGAAAAGGAAUACCUGGACAUGCAGAAUAAGGCUGACAUAUUAAAGAGUGAGGUUCAUGACUUGCGAAUUGUCCUGCGGUCUGCCGAUAAAGAACUAUCUGCUGCAAAAAUGGAGCAUGACGCUUUCAGAGCAAAUCAAGAAAAAGAAAUCAAUGAACUUUCUACCAGACAUAUAAGUGUACAACUGCAACUUGAUAAUGUCAGGCUAGAAUAUGAGAAGAUACUUGAAGGAAAAACAAGUCUGCAAGAUGAUUAUGACAAUCUCCAGGAAAUACUUCAAUUUGAGACUGACCAGCUGACCCAGCAGCUCACUGAGAGCAAGCAAGAAAGUGAAGCGCUGAAAACUGAGCUUCAGAAUUUAUUGGACCUGUUGGAAAAUGAAAAAGAACAUAAUCAGAAAUUAACAAUGCAGUUACAAGAAGAUAAAGAACAUAAUUCCAAGGAACAUCUGAAAGCUCUAAAAAUUAUGGACCUAGAGAAACAGUGCUCUGAAAAGGAGUCAGUAUGUGAGCAGCAGGCAGCAAAGUUGCAGAGACUGGAACAAAAUUUAAUUACCGCUGAAGAGGUUAUUGCUUCCCUACGGAAAACGAACACUGCUGAUAAGGAAGUUGUAUCGGACCUCAUGAGCCAGAUCCUGGAGAUGAGAAUGUCUACCAGUCAGAAGACGGAGUGCAUCGAAGGACUCACCAGCGAGCUGGAGGACCUAAAAUUUAAGUAUAAUUCUGCUUUGACUGCAAAAGAAAGCAGCAAAACAAUUAUAGAGGAUCAAGAGAGGCAAAUUGAGGAAUUGAAAGAAGCACUCGAGAGAAUGCAAAUUGCUGACAAAAUUGAGAGAGAGAUUCUUGUUGAAGAACUGCAUCAUACCACUGAGCAGCUAAGCAGUUUAACAGAAGCUUCUAAAAAUCAUCCAGCACUUCUUCAGUCUGCACAAGAAGAUCUAAUUAAGAAAGAAGCAUUAAUCCAAGAACUCCAGGAGCAGCUGAACAAAAGGAAAGAACUAGAAAACAUGAGAAGUGAAUAUGAAUCUAAAAUGCGCCAAAUAGACUGUGUCAUGGAAUCUGCUGUUGUAGCACUUCCUCAGACUCCCAAAACGCCACCUAACUUUGACAUAAAUCUGGUGAAGCUGUUAGAAACUCACAAGCAGGAGAUAGCAGACGAGAGGGCCUCGGCAGUUACCCUGGAACAUCUUGUAUCUGAGUUAAAUGAAGAAAGAGAUGCUAAAAAUAAUGAAAUUCUAAGACUAAAGACUCAAGUAUGUGAAUUGGAAAACAUCCGUCUGGAAAUGCAGGUAUUAAUGGAAAACAACAGAGAUCUACAGAGCCAGCUUGAAGAAGCCAAAAGAUAUAUCAGUGGUACAAAAUAUCCGGAUAUUCAAUACCUAAGAGAGAGAGAGAAGGAAAUCGCUGAAGAGAGGCUGGCAAAGAAUAAAGCAAUGGAAGAAAUACUGAAAGUUAGAUCUGAGUUAGAAAAAGUCAGAAGUAACCUUGGAAGCAAGGAGGCAGCCUUUCAGGAAAUGACUCAAGAGGUGGAACGAACAAGAGCUUUGGAGACAAAGGCAUUCAAUGAGAAAGAAGAAAUUAGAUCAAAACUGGAAGAAUCAUAUGAAGAGAGAGUUAAAAUGGAAAAGGAGAUGUCCUUGCUAAGGAAACAGGUCGAGUGUCUUGCUGAGGAGAACGGGAAGUUGGUUGGUCACCAAAAUAUAAAUCAGAAGAUCCAAUAUCUUGUGAAGGUGAAGAGAGAGAACGCUAAACUGAUAGAGGAAGUUGAAUCACUUCGUGUUCAAAAUGCUUUUUUGAAAGAAAGAUAUCAAGAACCAUCAUGAUUAUCUGCAUCAAGAAAUAAAAG